AUGGACAGCGACUUCAUCGACGAGGAAUUCGUGUACGGAAAAGAGAUAGAAAAAAUAAAAAAAAAAAAAGAAGAAAUAUUAGACUGUCUCAAAAGUGUGGUAGACCCGGACUUAAAAAAAAAUAUUGUGGAAUUAAAUUUUGUGCGCAACUUAAAAAUUAAAGAAACGGACAGUGGGAAGUAUAUCAUUGACUUUGACUUGAACCUGACGACCCCUGCUUGUCCUGUGAAGGAUGAACUGUUGGCCGAAUGCCAGAACAAAUUGGCUAACUACGAAUGGAUUCAGGAGACAAACAUUAACACCACGUUUCUAAGCUUCAAUGAACAUGAUGAAGAAGACAGAAGGAAUAAAAAAAAAAAUAAAAAAAUUGAAAAUGUGAUAGUUGUGUACAGUUGCAAAGGUGGAGUUGGCAAGUCCUUCUUUUCAGUGAAUUUUGCCUUUUACUUAAAAAAAAAAGGGGCAACUGUGGGGCUACUAGAUGCGGACAUUAAUGGGCCCAGCCUUCCGACCUUGCUCCCCAUUGGACAUACCUAUGCCAGGUUUAACAGUGUCCCGCGAAGGAACAGUAAAAUAUUUUACGACAGGGACACGGGGAAGAGGGAAAGUGGUGUGGGUGAUGCGGCGGGAGAAAACGCAGGGGGGCAGGUUGACGAGCUCAGCGACUACGACACAGACCAACUCGCUGUGCAACAAAAUGACCGCCUUCUGGAGGAUCCCCUUAUCGAGCCAAUUCUCUACGGCGGUGUGAAGCUCAUGUCUUACGCAUAUAUAAAGAAGCAGAAGAACUUAGGGUUCUCGUCUUUUAGGGGACCCAUCCUAAACGAGUUGAUAAAGGAAUUCAUAAACCAAGUAGACUGGGGAGUGCUGGACUAUUUAAUAAUUGACCUACCCCCUGGAACAAACGACAUACAUUUAAAUCUGUUCGAGUCGGAGUAUGUGGAUGGGGUCCUCAUGAUAACGACUCCAAACGAUCUCUCCAUUAAUGACGUAAAGAAAGGUAUAAAUAUGUGUAACCAUUUUAACGUGCCAAUUGUAGGUCUGGUAAUAAACAUGAGCUCCUUCAUAUGUGAUGGCUGUGAAAAGAAGCACCUGCUUUUUAACAACUGCGAUUUGAAUGAACUGAAAGAAGAAUUUAAUAACGUGUACGAGGUGCCUUUUCAUUCUUUGCUCAGCAAAAAUGUUUAUAAUGAUGAGCAGACAGGAGAAAGGAAAUUCCCCUUUAUUAUUUCAUUUGAAAAUCACCACCUGGUUCAGCUGUUGGAGAAUGUGUUUCAAAGUUUAACUCGAGAAAUAGCGAUGAUAAAAUUUCAGCACAAAUUAAAUUUGCCGUCCAUUCAGAUUUAUAAAAAAAAUUUUCUACAAUUAUCUUUCGACUCGAUUGACCACAAAUUUGUUUUUUCGGAUGACGUGUUGGUUUGCCACCACAUUUUUCUGAGCUUGCGUUUGCCUGGCGACAACGCCUUGUGCAGGGCGGGUGGCAGCGCCUCCUUCGAGUGGUAA